AUGGCUGACUCACAGAUUGUCUCCAUCACAGCUUCCCUUGUCAGGGAAUACCUGAGCCGAAAGGUAAGCUUAGAUCUCCAAAGAAGGCUUAAUCUUAGCUUAUAUGUGCUGGUUGGCAUCUCUGUACAUUACAGGGUAGGGCAUUACAUCUGCAACCCCUUUUCCUUCCCUAAGGAUGGCAGGUUUUUGAAUAGAGGGUUCAGAUUAAGAAAAUAUAAUUGGCAAAAUUUUGACCCUUCAGAUAAUUUUUUUAAAGUUGCCUACAAAAAAUUAUUCCUUUUGAUUUCAUUUUUCAAAAGGUGCCUACAGGAAUCGAAGGGUUCGGGUUCAAGCCAUCUUAAGCAUGGUGCAGACAAUAGAAUGCAGAGUUCUGGUGAACAUGUAUAUCUGCCAUUGUACACUUAAUGUCAGGUCCCAAGCUAGAGAAAACAUUUAGUUUUGUUUUCCUGAGAGUCCUUUUUACCAUGUUUGCUCAUUCUAGAUGGCUGGACUUUGGCCAAGUUCCUGUCUUUUAUAAUAAUAUUAUUUUUGAACCUCAACUUUGUCUUUGUCUAUAAGCACACCAAAAGAACCCCUUGCAUUUGAGUUAACAUUGACAAAGCAGGCUUUGUCUUUGUUAACUCAUGAAAUGUAUAAUGGAAGCAUUUUAAAUUAUGACACCCACCUUUGUUUAUGCACAAACAGGGGCUUAAGACCACCUUACAGACCUUGGAUAAAGAAAUGCCGAGAACUGAAGAUAGGUACAUGUCACUCCAUAAGAUACAUCUGUCCUGAGUGCUUUUAGUAAAAACUUAGAGAGUUUUGGACAAGAAAGGUGCAUGAUUGUGCCAUUUAGGUCAAUUUUCUUUACAAGUACAUCCAAAACAACGGAUAAGUUUAUGUUCACCAAACUUUGCUGUGGGAAUUUAAUUUCUAGGUUUUAUUUUUCGUGAGAAAUGUGAAAAAUUUGUCAAUAUUUUGCUAUUUUAAUUUCUAUAAAAAAUAAUGUUGUAAUGUAAUAAAAUUUUGAUGGGCAGCAAAUUAUUGCAUUUAACUGUACUGUGUAUAUUCUACAAAGCAAAUCUAAUAAAACAAAGAGGUUAUGAAAUGUGAAUGAGUAACGUACAGUUAAGUUACUAACUAAUUAUUAUAGUCACAUGGACAUAAUUCACUGUAAGUGAACCAAAUGAAGUAUGCAAAAAAAGAUAUUCCUUUUAUUGAUUAAAAUGCACUUAACCAACCAAAUAAAAGAACCUAUCUUCUUUUGAUUUAUUCCAUAGCAUUAGCAACCGUCUGCAACUUGCCAAAGAAAUGCACAUAGAAAGACUCAUGAAAAAGAAUAAGGUGGGUAGUAUGCAAUGGUCUCCACUGUUACAGUCAGAAUUCUCAAUAAUAAUUAUUGCAUUCUGCUCAUUAUGUAAUCAGAAAAUAAUACCACAGUCAACUCUCUCUAAAAUGGACACUUAUGGUAUGGGCACUAAGUGUCCGUCUUAUAGAGAGUCAAAUAAAGGGAGUAAAGAAAGGCAGGGACCAAAUCUAGGUGUCUCUUUUACAGAGGUGUCCAUUUUGUAGAGAGUCAAAUAAAGGGAGUAAAGAAAGGCAGGGACCAACUCUAGGUGUCCAUUUUACAGAGGUGUCCAUUUUGUAGAGAGUCAAUUAAAGGGAGUAAAGAAAAGAAGGGACCAACUCUAGGUGUCCAUUUUACAGAAGUGUCCAUCUUAAAGAGGUGUCUGUUAAGUGUUAUCUUAGGGUUAUCAGGGCUGUCAGUUACUAAGAGCCAGGGGUGGGGGAUUUUCCCCGGCUACUGUGAACGUGGCCCCGACUACCUUCAUAGGAAAAUAGAACCAAAGCAAAUCCUUAGCUGUUUGAUUAACUGUCCACUGUUUGUAUCUACCUGGCAACUUGAAAUCUUAGUCUUUAUGCAAAAGUUCUGCCAAACUCGCCCACCCAGUACUCAACCUCUUUAUCCCUACUGGGACAUAAGACCUUGAUCAAGCUUUGACACUCAAUCCUGUUCUGAGCUUUGGCCUGUGAUUCACCCCAUGUUAGACCCAUCUCCUCCAGCUCUUUCAUCACUAUUCUUUACCAGGUAGUUUUUGGACCAUGCCUUUUCCCCCUCCCAGUUGGAGUCCAUCUCAUGGGUAUCCUGUCGCUGGGCAUGCUUAGAACAUAACCAAGCCAUCACAGCCUGUGGCUCAUAAUAGGCUGAUUUAGCAACGGAACGGGAGUGUCAGUUGAUGACGGAAAAGUGCACGAAAAGGACCGAAUGCAACUGACAGUGCCCAAUUUCCCACUCUGCCAUUAGUUAAGCCAGUUGUUUCAUUUGUGUGCGCUGUUGUCAACUGACAUUCCCGUUCUGUUGCCAAAUUAGCCUAAUACAUGUAUUUUGAGAGACUGUACCAUACUGUCCGUCUUUUUAUACAGCUCGUCAUAAGUGAUCUUGAAAGUUCUGCAAAAGAGGUUUCAUUGUUUUGAAUGGUAACACCAUUUGUCCGCAGACUGAAUAAUGUUACUGUUUUGUAGAGUGACAAAUAAUCUGACGAUAACUUGGUGGAUGAGUGAAAAGGUUAAUCAGGAAUGGGUUGCAUCUCAUUGGAAUUGAUUGAAAUCUCCCUGGUAGACUUAUUCAAAUGCACAGGCAUAGUUUUGAUUGUGUCGUUACUUCUUUGUUUAGCCAAAAGUCCAAAGGUAUCUUGGAACAUACAUUCACUAGGAAUUUUAGUAAGAAAUAGCUGACUAUUACCUGAAUUCUUUGCAGAGCUAACUUGCCAGCUCUCUGUAUGUACAUGUACCAAGAGAGAAUUACAUUCACUGCUUGAUUUCCAUGAUUGAAGUUACCAGCCUAACCAAGAAUCUUCUUUCCUACUUAUUGUUUGGUCAGGAAUUACCAGAACCAUUUCGUACCAUGCUGGAGGUCAUGGUUCAGUUUAUGAAAAAUCGAGACGUUCAAAGUGGCUCAACAUCUGUUGGAGCAGAUAAGUCAAGUCAAAAGUCAAAGCAAACAAGGUAUUAAUAAUACUGCUGCGAGAGCUGUUUGUACAACAAAUGAAUAAUUGAAAAUGGUUCCUCCCAGAUAAAAUUGGUACCACACAAAUUCAAAACAUUUCAGUACCACUUUUGAGGAGUGGGGGCAUGAACAGCCCAGGAUGGGGUACUCCCAAUAAUGGCGUAUACAGGGAGGCUCCGCCCAAAGGGGUACCUUUUUCAGGCUUCAGGGUUGUAUAUGAAAGGGCAGGGAAUUUACUGGUUGAAGUUAGUAUAUAUAUAUGUCAAAUCAGUCUGUAAAAGGACUUAAAAGUCUAACAGAUGCAUCUUGGGCCUGUUGAAAUGACAAGAAAACUUCCUGGUUUGGUGAUUUAUUCACAAAGACUACAUUUACAGUACUCAAAAGAAAUGCAUGCUUUUUGACCUUAUCACAAUGUAGGUAUGUGAAAAAGGUUGGGAAAAGGUACCUUUUCUGGCUUGGACCUCAGGGCAGAACCUCCCUGUGCAAUGUACAUGCACAUAUCUUCAUUGAGUGCCCUCAUCCCCCUCCCGGGUAUUCAGUCAACUCUUGAAUUUUGUCUGUUGAGGCACUCCUUUCAGUGAGUUCCAUGUACAUGUACUUCAAUGGUAUGGGCACCUUUCAAUGUAAACUGACAUCGAUGUAUGUACAUGUAUAUAAAGUUGACUCCCUCCAGUCUUCUCUUAAGUUCUUUUCUAAGAAUAUUGAUGGCCUCUUAGUACUCUCUGGUGUUCACCUACACUGUACUAUGUAAGAGAGAGUCCAUUUGUUAAGUAUUACAAUGUAUGUGUAACAACUAAAGUGCAUUGGUAACUUCAUUUGGCACAUUUGACUGUCAGGGAAAGAAAAAAAGAAUCCAGUACUAGGACAACUGCACAACCAUCAAAUAAUGAUCUCAUCGAUAACAUGGACAAACUGGGUGAUAAAAAUGACAGAAAAGACCAUGACGAUCUAUUGAAACGCCUGGAAAAACCUUCAAGCAAAGUUCACGGCUCUCCAACAGGCAUAAAGUUCGCUAAUGACUCCAGUAAGAUGCAAGUCAGUACACAGAAAGAUGAAUUGCAUAAAGGAGGAGGUACAGAUGCAAGUGAUAUUGGUGGAUUGCUACAUGUACAAUCAGGGAGCGUGAGGCCAACUGUGUCGUUGUCGGAUCAAAUGGCGUUGAAACAGAAAAGUAAACGGAGACUUAAUAGCAGUAUUGGUGGGCCUGUUAUUAGUUCUGGGCUUGGUGCUAAAAGAGACUCAAGAACUCGUCAUAGUACUGGGAGGCUUAGUGGAAGUUUAACAGCAAAAAACAUUGGAAGCUUGUUUGGAGAUGAUGAGGACAGUAAAGACUUGAGUAGUGUACAUGUACAUGUAUCUACUCCAAAUCAGGAUCUAUUGGUUAACAAAGUAAGGAGUUUUUUGCAGUGUAUUUCUGAUGCGGUAUAUGUACAUCAUUAGCAACCGUUCGUUUUUUAUGAGAUGGGAGGGUGGGGGGCGGGGGAGAAAAAUAUUGGGUUUGAAGUGUUUUUUUGUGGAGGGCGGUCACCUAUAAAACCCUUUAAGUUUUUUUGGAUACUAGAUCAGGGCUGUUAUUAAGAGCCGGGGGCAGGGAAUUUCCCCCGGCUACUAUGAACGUAGCCCCUGGUUACUUUCAUAUUAAAACAGAAGACAAAUAAAACCAAAAGAAAUCCCUAGCCGUUCGAUUCCCCGCCUACUUGUUGUAUCACAGGGAGCCCACACAAUCUGUUUGUGUAGCCGAUUGUUAUUUUAUAGUAAAUGUACUGGAUUUACCGUUUGCUUCACCUAUAGCGAUAUAUCGCUAACUAUGCAUAUAAAUCAAUGAUAAAUAAACGUUGAAUUACUUUACCUGUGGUAUAUAGUCGUCGUUUUACCUCAAAAGCGGUUUUUUGAGCGAUUUUGAAGGAGUUUGAUUUCGCCGUUGACUGUUCCUUAUAAUAGAAGGACAAGGGUGGAAUCCAUGUUUUGAAAGGGCUCCAGUGCCGGAGCGAUUUUUUUUCCUCAAAAUCGCAUUGCUCCGCUUUCAAACUCCGUAGCAAAAAGGUAGAAAGAUUCACGUUUCUCCUCGUACCUUCCGAUCGAAAAUCCAUCCAAACAGCCCGGAGCUAGCCGUCGAAGAAAAUUAAAAUCCCACAGUAUUUGAGCGGCUGGAAUGCGUAGCAAGAUUCAUACGUGCCAGCCACAAACCGUGCUACGGGGUUUGAGAGCGGCGCGAUGCGAUUUUUGCGGGGAAAAUCGCUCCGGCACUGGAGCCCUUUCAAAACAUGGAUUCCACCCUUGUCCUUCUAUUAUAAGGAACAAUCAACGGCGAAAUCAAACUCCUUCAAAAUCGCUCAAAAAAAACCGCUUUUGAGGUAAAACGACGACUAUAUACCACAGGUAAGGUAAUUCAACGUUUAUUUAUCAUUGAUUUAUAUGCAUAGUUAGCGACAUAUCGCUACAGGUGAGGCAAACGGUAAAGCCAGAACAUUUACUAUAGAAUAACAGUCGGCUACACAAACAGAUUGUGCGGGCUCCCUGUGGUUGUAUUUACCCAGCAACUUGAAAUGUUGUUGCCUUGGCUGUAUAAUGUCGCGAUAAGAAAGGGGAUGAGUUGCGCUCGUAUGAGGUGGGCUGAUUGGUGCCAAUUCACCACCCUGAUUCUGCCAGUGUACGUAUAGGCUAGACUUGCCACAAGUCGACCUCACGAGUUUCUAAACGAGCGACGAAGUUGUGAGAGGUCUUGGACGAAGGAAUUUUUUGAAAGUUUACGUAUAGGUACCCUGCGAACUGAGGUUUCUGUCUUGAAUGGCUUUUAGCGUUUCCGGAGUCGCCGGUUCUCGUGGCUUGUCUGUCGUGUGGUUAGUUUCUUUCCGCCCCGUGAGACGUAAACAAACUAACUACGCGACAGACAAGCCACGCGAACGACUUUGCAAACGCUAAAAGCCAUGCAUGAGAGAGACCUCUGUUCGCAGGGUAGCUAUAGGUUACCUGAAUACUUACUAGAGUAUCGGGUUUUUAACUCAAAGGAAUGUGCCUAAGACGUUUUUAGUAUAAUGUCGACCUCUGGAAAUGAGUUCUCCGUCGUUUGAGUCAAGAAAUUUCUUACAUUUGUACAAUAGUGGCCUUAUUUUCCCUUUUCGGCAGACUGAUGAACUUCACAAUAUGCAGGAUGUUCCUGUUGACCGAAAGGGAAGAGAAAAACAUAGACCGUGAGUAUCACUCUAAAAAUUAUCGACUCCUAUUUUUUUCUUUUUAAUAAUUUGGGAGACAGAAAUAAUAAUUACCUGCAUAGAGUAUACUUCGCGUUUAACAUUAUUUGUGCUUAAAGUGUUGUGUGCUCAAAAAUUAUAUCAGUAAGGAUGAUGUUGCUGUAUACUGUUUAUUUCUAUUUUUCAUUUUUUCAGGGAAGAUAUUUCAGCUAAACAUCACAGAAGAAACACAUCUAAUGAAAUCUCAAGGUAGCUAUAAGUUAAAUGAUGUUCUCAGUACUGGCGUUCUAGAAUCAGGUCUCCCUCUGUCUCUUCAAGUCAUCUAGAUUUUCAACGUUUUGUUUUUUCCUGCUUAGAAACGAGCCUGUCACCAGUACAUUGAGGAAUCAGAAGGUAAUACUAUGAUUAUUGAACAGUAGAUGAACAGUCGAACCUCCACUUGGAGGUUAUAGCAAUUGCACCAAAGUCAUUAACCACUUUUUUUUUUGUUUACUUAAGGCUAAAAGUAGCGAUCUGGUGUUUGAAGAUAUUGACGACGACCUAGAUCAAGAACUUGGUCACUUAACCUUAGGUAUGGUAGAUCUAUACAGUCGAACCUCCAUGUGCGACCAUCUCUCGUAAGCGAUCACCUCCCAUAAACGACCGCCAAUCCAAAACAAUAAAAUUUUCCCAGUGAAAGCCUUACAGCUGGAACCUCUAGUAAACGACCACCUCGGUCCUCCUAUAAGCGACCGCGACUACUUUUUGUGCCUGACUGUCAAUGAUUUUCCAUUGGUUUUAACCUCUUGUAAGCGACCACAGUUGACGCAUUCUCUGAUCUCUAGGUUCGCUGUGUCCACUAUGCUUCUUACAAUAUACAAAGAGCUUUAGUGACAACGUGGAACUACAAAUGUCGUAAUUAUCUUCCAUAAAGUAGAUGUGUCUGGACCUCUUCUCGGAAGAGGCUCCCUGUGGUUCGAUUCUUGUAAACGACCCCCUCCCGUAAGCGACCACUCAUUCUUUUCAUUUUGGGUGGUCGCUUAUGGGAGGUUCGACUGUACGUGUAAAUAUGAUGGUCUGAAAGCUGUUUAAUCCGACUGUAAAUCGAUUCACCUCGGGGAACCAGCUGGAUAAACCUGGAUUUGUCCAUUGUCAGUGUAAGACCUAUAAAAGGACGGUUUAUCGACUCCAAAAUACUCUAGCUCUAGCUACUCUCGUGUGAAGCUGCUGGUAACACCAUACAGUCAAAUCCCGCUUUACGGACACCUUUUUGAUUAGGACUCCUUAUUAUUUCGAAUAGUUUGCUUUGUCCCUGGCCUGGGGAAAGAUAGCCCUUACAUUUUCUUUAACUUCAACCCCCUUUAUACGGACACCCCGUUAAUACGGACACUUUCUCGGUAUCCGUGUUAAUCGGGUUUGACUGUAAAGUAUAUUCCCAGGGAAAGAAGUUAUAGCAACACAGAAACAAAUAAAUCGUUAAGAUCUCCCGCCAAGAAAUGGACCCGUAAACAAAAACAAACAAACCAAAAAAUAGCUCCGUAUGUAGACCUAGCGCUUGCGUUGGCGCGGGGCUUGAACUUGCAACUCCAGGGCGCUAACCAGCCUCUUACCCAGGCCAGUUCGCGCUAUCCGAGUUACCAGAGGAGGCUUGUAACUGAGCGCGAUAGCGGGAGGCGUCCUUGGCGAAUUUUCCCGACAAGCUUGACAGUUGACGUCAUAUCCGAAAUCGCCAAGGACGACUGGGGACGAGGCUGGGCUCUAACCUCUCUGCCACGGUUCCUCCAAAUGUAGGACUAACGUAUUUCUGCACUUAGAGUUUGGUUAAUUGAAAGCUGCUAUAAGAAAAUGUUUUAAGUUUACUCAUAUUUUAGGUCCAAAGAAAAUUACGCAAGUUGAUGUCCAAAACAAACCUAUCACUUUGGAAACAGCAAUGGUAGGUGCAAUCUUAUGGCCUUGAAAUUUACAUGUAACUAGCGAAAACGUCUUGUGAUUCUUUCUGUAUGUUAUUGUAUUCUUUUUCUUCUUGUAAUAUGUUGAACUUUACAUCACCUAUGCGUAAUGUUUUAUUCCCCUAGAUUAGCUUAAUAGCUAUUUGCGGGCUAUACAACACUGUAAAACUUUAUCUUUUUUAAUAACUGAACUGUUGUCGUUUUAACAUUGCUGUUGCUGUGCAUAGAAAAGGCCGUUUCAUCCUUUUUGUAAUUACAAUUUGAAGUCAAUCUUAUCAAGACAAGGACUUUGUUGUAAUGCUUUCCCCUUAGCCUAUUACAGGCUACGCCCCCCAAGUCAUUAUCGUCGCAAGCGACUCCUAAAAGAGAACGCCUGAUCAUGCUGACUCACUUGAUUUAGGCAAUAUCCUGUGUAUCUAGUCGCCUAUUUACUGAUGCAUGUGUUGAUCACAUUAGGGCUUGAAGAAUCUUAUAUUUGGAAAUGCCAAGUCGAGCUUUACACCAGAAUGGAGAAAUCAAAGCUUUUCAUUCUGUGACUUAUAUGCACUGGAAUAUGGAAUUGUACAACUAAAGGUAAGGUCAAAUUAAUGCGAAUAUUUCGCCUGAAUCUCUCGGAUGAAAGGGCAAUUGUUGAACUAUAGAACGGUGACCAGUGGUCCAAGGUGCGACCGUUGUGGUUGCCAUGGUGAUUAAAAAACAAAAGUUGCGAUUAAAAGUGCAGCGAAAGUCGACAGUUGGGUACACACCUGUUUUAGGCGGUAAUGCGGCUAAGCCGUUGCUUUUUCGAUAAGUAAGUUUUUGGUGAGAUAACAUUUGCGUGAAAUAGUUAUCAGUUACGCUCCUUGCGACCAUUAUAUGAUUUUAGGUUGGAAAAAGGCAACUCUGUAGCACUGAAACUCUUCAGAUUUUAAAACAAAUGAAUAAAAUAUUAGUUAAUUAAAGGAACCCUAGAGUGAUCAGCCUUAAAGUUCUCCUUGUAGUAUCUUUGCUUUAUAAAACAGAGUGAUUAGAUUAUAAUGUUAGGGGUUAUCGUUGUUGUUGUUGUUGUUUUUCAGGGUGGACCCUGUGGAGUGCUGGCUGCUGUACAGGCGUUUGUCCUCAAGCAUUUGCUGUUUGGCGGAAAGAAAGGGGACUCUAAAAAGUACAUUGUGUUUCAGAUACAAGAGUACGGUGGCCCAGAAGGGUCACACAUGCAAAUUAAAAAUGUUGCUGCAAAUUAAAAAUAGGACAUGCAAACUAAAAAUAUUACAAACAUGAAACAUGAAUGGGCCGACGGCUGUAAGGCCAGGUCGCACGGCUCGGACCAGAUCCUCAUCACUCCUACUGCGCGCAGGACUUUUCAUUUUUAAUUUGUGUCGAUAUGUUUUCUAUUUUCAAUUUGCAGCACAAUUUUUAGUUUGCAUGUACUAUAAUUUAAUUUGCAGGUAAUAUUUUUAGUUUGCAUGUACAAUUUUUAAUUUGCAGCAACAUUUUUAAUUUGCAUGUGUGACCCUUCUGGCCCACCGUACAAGAGUAUAUGAUGUUUACUCAUUUUUUUCUCUAGGAUAUCUUUAAAUACCAGGAAAAUGUCUAUUGGUUUGAUGAUUUAGUUUAGAUUGUAAAUAAUCAUUUUCAGUUGUCGUCCCUUUUUCUUGCAAUAUUCUGUACCAUUGACGUCAUUUCAAAUGGACUGAGCGCAGCUGCCAAAGGCUCCUUUGUGUGCUGAUGUCCGAGCUUACUGUUCACAUGUUAAAAUAUAUUGUAAGAGGGCACGUCUGUUGUCCUCUCAUCCACGACUCUUCAUUCAUUCGUUUGUUUUAACGGAUAUCGCAAGCAUCUUCCAGAGUUGGUCAACGCUAGCUGGUUAUGAAGAAUAUUAAGGUGUUUCGAUACAGUUUUUCAGAGGCCAUACCGAUAUUUUUCAAUCGCCUUAUAAGUGUUUUUUUCCUCGUCCAAUCGCUGUAAUAAUUGCCUAUGGAUUGAAAUGUGUGAAAAUGUAGUUUUAAGUAAAAUCGAUAUUACUAUGACAACAAUAAACAAAAAACUUUGAAAUUGGUAAAAGCCGAAUUUUGUGUGAUGUAGACCAGCUACUGAAAAUCCAACACUAGGAACUUAAAGUUUGGUGUCUAGCGAACGAUCUCCUUAAGAAGUAGAAAAUUCUGUAUGUUUGAAUUCGACUAAAACGAAAAUAUAUGUCAAACCUUAAAUUUUCAAUAGCCGUGAUAGAUUAUUUAAUAAAAACGUUAUAAAUGAUUCAAAUUAUUCUUAAGUAGCGUCAGAAUGCUGCUUAAUGUAGUAUUUUGAUGCUAGGAAAUUUUGGCGUAUUUUUGUUCUUGCGAUCCUGAAAACUAAGACGUUUUCUCACCACCUGCAACUUCAUUCAAAAUUUGGACUUUUCGUGCUUUUUUGUAUAUCUCUGAAACGACUCGAACGAAUUUUUUUAAAAUCUCCUCUCAUAAUCUUCAUAAUGUAUAUAAUAACGUCUGAAACUUUCAUUAAGAUUGAUUCACUGCAAUACCUUGAAAUUUCAAGACAAACCUAUCCCACGAAUCGGUCAAAAAUCUGCGUUACAACAGUCACUGUUUUGACGUUAUGCUAAUUUUUCCAAAGUAAUGCGCACUAUACAUACCUAAAUGACCAGUACAUUUUAGUUUGAAUUUAUCGCAUCUUUUGAAUGUAAAACAUUGACAAUAGUCACACUGAAAUAUACUAGUCAUGGAUAUAUGUAUUGUCCGCAUUAAUUUACUUCUCACGGAGGUUAUUUGCUAAACAUCAAACUUUUAUUGCUAGUGUUGAAUUUUCAGUAGCUGGCCCAGAUCGCGCAAAAUUAGGCGUUUAUCAAUUUCAAAGUUUUUUGUUUAUUGUUGUCAUAGUAAUAUCGAUUUUACUAAAACCCACAUUUUGACAAAUUUCAAUCUAUAGUCAAUCAUUGGUGAAAACUUUAUAGCGAUCAGACAAGGAUAAAAUCACUUUUAAAGCGAUUGAAAAAUAUCAGUAUGGCCUCUGAAAAACUAUAUCAAAACACCUUAAAGCUGGAGGAUUUGAGCCAAUCAGAAACGGAGAAAUUAAAUGGCGAUAAUAAUUUUUUUCCCAUUACCCUUGUCAUUUCCAUUUCUAGUAACAACUUCUGAGAAUAACUCAGCCAUGCCUUUUUUUUUUCUGCUGCUCCUGUCCGGACGUGGCGAUUAUGGAAACUAGUUUUUUCUAAUCUUUUAAUAAAUCCUAUUUCAUGUCCAUUUUAGGAAACUUCAGCCUUCUUCAAGAGAAAGAACCAAAGCUCUUACAUCAGCUAUUAGUGAAAUAUUAUGGAGGGCUGGUGACAGCAGAGAAGCAGUAGUAGCCUUGUAAGUUACUCUGAAAUUUAGUUUAUGCAUUAUUUAAAAAACAAGCAGGAGUGUUUGGCCGAAAUUGAAACACGAGGCGCUGCCCUGAGUGAUGUGUCGUUGUCGAGUGAUUGUCAUCGGGCACUCCACUCUGCUCAAGGUGGCCUCAGCCGAGUCACAUGUCUGGACUGCCAGUGCCGGUAGUCUUCUGGGUCAGCCAUAAUAGGGACUUUAAGAUCCAACGACGCGGACGGCAACGCAAAAGUAGAAAAAACAAUAGGUUUUAUGAGCAGACAACAACUUUGAACAAGUAGACGAAAUUUUAUCUCUUUCUGAACAUGGUUAUGGUCCCUAGGAAUUCAACUGCAGAAGGGUUCGCCUACAUUCGACAAAGUAAGAGGGUAAUGAUUGCGAUAAAGACUGAAAGAACGCAAAUUCACUUUUUAAGCGACGUUCUCGUUGCCGUCGUGUCGUUGGAUCUUAAAGUCUCUAAUGGUAGCCUGCGUCGCAGACGUAAUCUUAUCGCAGUUAGUAACGUCUGCGAAGCAGCCCCGAGGUUCUUGUUCGACGCCCCAAACGGACUUGAUGAAUCAGUUAUCGGAAGGGCGUUUGGAUUUCCCUUCAACCCGGACCAAUCACGGCGCGUACUCAAUCCUGGUACACAGGCGGCGUCUUGAAGAACGGGGUGACGGAAGAACGGAAGAACGGCGACGGCAACGACAAACACCAAAAGCCGUGCCUUUUGGUACGUUAUUUUACCGUUCUCUACGAAAAUUUGUUUUUUGCUGAAUGUGGCGAACCAUGAAGUGGGUGACCACAAGACGUCGAUGCGAUCAAAAGUUGUUUUCGCUGUCGUCGCCGUUGUGAUCGCUUAAGCUUCUCGAAUCACAUCCAUUGAGACCAUCGCAAUAGAAAACAAAACCAAAAUAAAACAUCAAACAAAACAAGUCAAUAACAACAAUCAAGACAUGGCCUUUCGUUUUUCCUUUUAUGGUGUUGUUAGUUUUGCUCUUACAACUCAAAAUUAAGUCAGUCACUUCACAUCCUCUGAUUCAUAUCUCUCGCCCCAAGAAUAACGUCGCUUGAAACAAAAAUCGCGCAACAUCUUUGAGGAUGGAGCAAUCACCAAAUCAAGUAACACGAAAUAUCGAAAAGACACCUCAACUCGGUAGCUACUAUAAUUUCGGCAACACCCGAAGUUACAUCCCAUUUAGUUAAUUUUCACAAUUUAUUUCAGACCUACUGGUGGUUCUAAUGUUUUUGGUGCUGGGCGAUACAAACCGGACCAGUUAACAGAAGCGGUAAGUACUGCAAUUUCCCAUAAGAUCACCCGACGCCUGCCCACUGACAGAACGUUUUAAAGCAAGAUAGGACAUUUCACGCCAAAAUGACUCGAUCGUGACAUUUUUAAGGGAAAAUAGGGGGCCUGCACUGUAAACAGUGUUGCACUUGUAUUGAGAAGUCACUUUCCUCUUCGUCAAGGGUGCCUUCGAAAUACAUGUUUGGCUUUACUGAAAGAGAUCGGUCUCCGCAAUAGUGUUCGCAUUAAACCUCUUUAACGAAUAUUGUUCAUGGUGGAUGUGAGAUUUGCAGGUAGACUGUAGUUACUGUAAUUGCUGCCAUAAUGCAGUAAUGGUAUUUUGUUCCUACACAUUUGCUCAGGGGAUUCUGCUCAGGGUAGAUUUUAGCUGUUCAAACCUGGGUUAAGAUGGCAAAAGGAAAGAGUGAAGUCUGAAUUCAGGUUUGAAAGCUAAGAAACAUGGAAAAUUCAGUUAAAUUCUUUUUGUCUACACACUGAUGAUUGCAUACUCAAAAAAGAAUAGAAGAAAUGUUUCUGAGAAAAUGCUUUAUUAAAAAAGAAAAAGAAAGCGAGAUAAAAAUUUAACCGCGAGUUUGCUCUCAUCGGCCUUCGAACACCUGGGCCGUGCAAUGAAAGCGAUUGCCUCUUUGUUAUUAAAUUUGACAGGACAUGUCCAACUGAUGUCCAAACGCAGUUAAGAUUUCGCCGAACGUGGGCCAAUUUUAGUUGGACUUUGUUCGAUGACCAACUAUUAUUUGCAGCCCUGCACGAUUGAUAAAAAUGGGCCUUGUUUGUUUUCUUACAUCAGGCUAUUUUUUCUGUUGUAUUAAACUUGCAGUUUUGUAAUUGUGAGUUAAUUGCAUGUGGUGACUUUUUUCUGUAUUCCACAGCUUGUGUUAUACACCUUCAAGUCUUCUGAAAGUCUUCUUAGUUUUAUCUCGCAAAAUAUAUCGCAGGUACGUAGCAUUCUUACUGUGUUACUCUAUCCUUACCUGUUGUAUGUCUGUACAAUUAGCAAUUUUGAAUGAGCCUGGAUAAGGUGAUUUUUAUUUCUCCUUUUAGCGAGGUACCGUUGCCUACCUUUUAACCACUGUAUCUGUUUGAUAAUGCUGUUUUAAAAGGAUUAUUUUAUUAAGCGUAAAUUAUUAGUGAAACGAUUACUGAAGUCAGUUUACUUAACAGCAAAAGUGAUACUUUAUCUGCCACCAACGACCAAUCGCGAUAUUUGCAAGUGCUUGGCCUUGUCCGAUAAAUGCUUAUUGCGUGGAAACAAGGCCGAAAGAUAGCGGUUAGUAAUAUGCCCCUUCAUUCUCAAUGGAGCAGAUCAGAAGAAAACUGAAGAGGACAAGUCGCUAUGUCGCGUUGCCAUGGUAGCAAAAUCUGAACAAACAGUGGUCCAUGCCACAAAGAGAACGAAAAAGUUAACGUGAAUUCCUUUCUUGUGCAUGAUUGCACUCAGGAACAAAACAGUAGCCCAUACUUUUCCAUCGUUCGAACAGGCAAAUGGCCGUCCUUGCCAAGAAAGAUUGUUAAGAUCCAGAUCAUGAUUCUGCCACCAUGGUAACGUGACGUCACACUUCUCCUCUCUCUCUAGAGGAGUUUGCUUGUUGAUUGUGGUUCACUUACACCAACAUUGCCAACGUGACGUCAUGGAAGGUCCUUAUUAGGCUUUUUCAAUACAGUUAUUCCGACCGUAAUCCUAAACAUACCUUUCAAUGGACAGAUUUGUUGGACUGAAUACAGUUACAGUCGACCGAAUGACAAAACGUCGAUAUCGUAAGUCUAAAUGAAAGGUGUUUAGACCGCGUCUCCAAAUUAAGCGAUGUAUCGUUUUUCAGUGCAUCUGGUUUGCCGAAUUUCCGUUGUCCAAUUCCCGUAUCACUUUCAUAAUUUCACCCUGGAUCUCUAUUUCGUUUCCCUCUAAAAUCCCGGAUCCCAGCCGUCAAAUAAGCUAAAUCCCGGAUCCCGAAAAGCCUACUAAGGACCCACCCGAGGGGGACUCCCAUAUGAAAGGGGUGGGGAUACUCGCCGGGAAUUUAGAAUUACACCCCCCAAAGGAGACCAACCGGGGCGUGGCCCAACCUUAUUUUGACCCCUAAAAGAGACCAUUUUUAAAACAGAGACAUUUUGUUACAAUAAUCUUUAGGUACUGAUGUUAUACUGAGAACUUUGAUGACAUGAAUCGAGUAAAUAAAACGAAUUGAAAAUACCAUUACGGCUAAAUAUAAUGGCGUUUUGCCCAGAGCAUCCUAAGUGAGACCAAAAUCCGAAAUUUGCACCCCUAAGCGAGACGACAAGAAUCCCCGCCCCUUUUAUAUGGGAGUUCCCCCGUGGACCCUCUAGUUCUUCUUCAACGUCCUGCGCUUGCCGGUUUAAAAUUACAAUGGGUUUACUAGAAAUUUUAUCACAGGCAUAUUAACAGCUUAUACUAUAAGAGCCAAACGUAAUCCUGAAUUAUGUACUUUCCGUAUUACUGCAUUUCAUCUAGAAAUAAAUCCACUUUUUGUCCAUUUUCAGUUUGAAUCUGAUAGUAGCAGUGGAUGUAUUUUACUGUUGUAUUCUGUGAUAUUGUCCAGGUCAAUACGAAAGUAAGUGAAGCUCUAGUAAAUGAUAUUUAACCCUUCAAGCCCUAAUACCUACAUACAAAUUCUUCAAACUAAUACUAGAUAUUUCCUCAAAGCAUUUUCCUUUCAAUGAUCAUUUCUUUAAUUUAAGUUUACGGCAAAUAGUUGACGAGGGGCAAAGAAGUACCAAUACCAGUAGAAAUCGAGAGUAAGCCUUUGUGUUAUAAUUUCGAGAAAAAUAAUCUGCUAGUAUUAUAUUGCAAAUUUAAUGUAAGGGAGCUUCUGGGGAUUUUUAUCAAGUAUUUAGUGGUCUUAAACUUUUCUUGUUGUUCUUGUUUAAGAGUGAUAUCUGAUAUGGAUGAACCUCAAGGCAGGCUGAUGGGUGCUCACGACUACUGCACGCAGGUUAGAUUUUCAAUGCAGUACAUGUAUACCACAAUCUUUUUCAUUUACGGGUAUGGAUCAAUCUGACGACGACAAUGACUACGAGGAUGAUGAUGAUGAUGAUGAUUCCCCCUACUUUAAUCUUAAAUGGAAUGGAUAGUCUUUGUAGGUUAUGCCUUCGCGCUCCUAUUUAUUUUAAUAGAGUGUGCAAUAUAACACCAUUCUGAGCGCAGUUUUCCCAGGUGCGGUUGUAAAGUGUUCCCUUAGUCCUUUGUAUCCUCCAAGUGUUUUGUUACUUUGUUUCUUUGUGUCCGUCUUUCUCUCGUUGUUUCUUAAUAGCUGAAAUUCCGUUGUUGUUGUUGUUUUUUGUUUUGUUUUUUCACUAUUUGCAGCAAAAGUCUCAUUCUCAUUCUUAUUACAUGUAUUGUCCUUUACAGGAACUGGUGAACUUGUUAAUAACCGGAAAGGCUGUCUCAAACACAUUCGAUAACAUCAUGGAGGUUGAUACGGGGGGAAAAAAAAAGGUGUGGUAUUUAAGACGAUAUCAUGAAAGAUAUUUUUCGUGGUGGUUAAUGUGUUUAAAGGGUUUCGUUAUCGUUUGCCUCACGAUCGUCACUAUUAAUCGCGACUUUUCGGCCGCGUACUGCUGGUCCUCGUCAGGUGAUAGUGUCGAUUUCCUGAGUGAGACUGUUUGUACCCCCGUGGUUGUUAAUGAUUGGUGUACAGUCGACCCCCGCUUUACGGACACCCCGGUAAUACGGACACUUUCUACGCCUCCCUCAGUGUCCCUUUUCACGGAGUUUGACCGUAUUACGAACCGUAGACGAUUUUCAUAUGUGACAGUUUUACUUUUCCUGGGGAAAAAAAGCCCUUUACUGUUUCUCUUAAUUCGACCCGCUUAAUACGAACACCCCGUUAAUACGGACACUUUCUAUGGCCCCCUCAGAGUCCGUAUAUACGGGACUUGACUCUUUCACGAACCUAUUAAAGACGAUUUUCACUAAUAUAUAAAGAAGAGUUACAACGAUAGAAUGUGAUAAAAACCCACUAUCUCGAGAAUAUUUGAAGGAAUUUCCUUAUUAUAUGCGACUGUUGAUGCCUUUUUGUUUUAGCUUCGUCCCUCGAUGCUGUUUAGCAAGGUUUUGUUUUAGACAUUCUGUUUAAUCUUCGACUUAAUCGUUUUUUAGUAAGGUGCUAACAUUCAACGAUCUUUUUUUAUUUUUAUUUUUUGCAGAAUGUCUUCAAAGGGAUAGAUAAACAAAGUGACGUCGGGUUUCUGUCCUUAUUUGAACAUUACAAAUCAUGCGAGGUUGGUGAUGACUAGAGAUAUUUUUGUGUGUAGAGAAGAACGGGGGGGAGUGUAAUGAAGGGGACCGGGAGGUGCCUACACACUGUCACCGUCUUUAGGCAGUUUAAGCAGCGACGUUUUUGAACGAAAGUGAACCUUUUUUCUUUUAGUAUGCCUUGACGCUAUCAAAUUUGUAUUGCUAGAUGAUUUGCCCAAAAACUGUGUUCAAAAUCACGGCUCAGGAGUGCAAAAAGUCCACUUCCGGUUGACGUACGUCCCGCAAAAACGUCGCUGGUUAAACACCCUUUUAUCUUUCUACACACCUCCAGGGCUGCUUCCUCUUCCUCCUUUGUACCAAGGUUAAGAGAGUUUUAAUGGAACAGAACUUGUUGUUCUUUUUUAAUACAUCGAGGCAAAUCUUAGGGCCGAGCUCCCGUCCAUUAGAGUCCGGCAGCGUUAAAAAUGAACAGACUGUUAGAUUUCAUGUUUAAGUAUUCCAAUAGGUGAUGACUUGGCAGUCCCUUUCUUUUUGCGUUUGAUUACACGUGGCUUACGUCCACACUAAGAAACCCUGCCACUAAAACUUGUAAUGUAGAGCUUUUUGUAUUGGCCAAUCCAGCAGAUAUUGGCCAAAAAUUUUCUGUCUUCGCAAACUUUUGACGUCUUUGUUUGAUUUGUUACUAAGCUUUUUCGCGUAUGCGAUGUCCACUUGAGAAGUUUGAAAGUUCAUUUUCUGGGAGAACCUGUGGCUCGUCUCCUCGUUCCCCCGCCCCCUCCAGCAACGCACUCCCAGACAAAGCUUUAUAGUUAUAAGCCGUGGAAACGAUAUAGUUUUCGAGGUCCUCAUUCCUUUUGUUAGUUUCAGUUGGGACGUGCGUGGUCUCUGCUGUACAUUGUCUUCAAUGAUUAAACUUGCUUUUUAAAUAAUCGUCUGGGGGGUGGUCUCUAUAUAUGUUUAGACGAUCGUAUGGAAAUAUACCCGUGAUGCGAUGUAGAAUUAUCCAAACAAUUGUGGCAAUCCAAUCGCGAGCAUUCAAUCCUCUGGACAGAACCAACCUCUGUAGAUAGGCCGGCUCACACAUUUUGGAUUGCAACUUCCCAAGUAGAAAAUAGAGGCGACUAAAACAAUCCAGAUUAUUAUAAGGAAAUCAGGCUUAAGGUUUAACUGGAAGGUGCAAAGGACCAGUUGUGCUAGCCUCCAAAACAGGCGCUACACGUUUUUCAGACAAGCGCGAAGCGGGCGUCCCGCUUUUCCCCGCCGCGCUUGUUUCUCCGAUCGCCUCCACGCCUUCUUGGUGCUUGUCCGAAAAACGCGAAAAAAAAAAGGGCCCGUUCUGCAUGCUACAGUUGUACUGACAAAAGAAACAAAAAGCAAACUGCGGUGAUAAACAUAAAGAAAGAUAAACGCAUUUAUGUUUAUCACAGCAAUUUGUUUUCUGUUUCUUCUUCAGCUUAGAUGGCCAAAAAACAAGCGUAUUUACAAUGUACUGACAGACUCCAUCUUAACAUUUGUUACAGGUUGGUGUGAAUUACAAGACUCCCAAUUAUCCUAUUUGGGUGAUAUGCAGCGAGAGUCACUUCAGUGUCUUGUUUUCUAUCAACAGAAAUCUCUUGCACGACUGGUAAGCUUAUAGUCACUAGUAAAUGGAUGUACUCACACUAGAGACGGAUUAUCCGUCUCAGACGGGUUAUCCGUUAGAUAAUACGUCUUAAUUUGAAUAUGGAACGGAUUUUGGAUGGAUAAUCUGCCUGACUUUAUCCAUCUGUAUUUCCGUCAAUUUUGACGGAUUUUGAUGGAUUAUCCGUCUCAAACGGAUAAUCCGUCUCUAGUGUGAAAACGGCCAUUGAUACUAGCCAAUUUACGGCAUUUGAACUUAUCUUUAGCCUGUUUUUAUUCUUUCUAAAUACUUUUUUUUUUAUGUUUUCACUAAAGGCCUGUUAUGUGGUAAUGAGGAGACUAAUUCCUUCAGUUUGAUUAAAAACACUGAUGUCAUAAAAGAGAUGCUACUUUCUGGUCACUUGUAGUGCUUUGCCGAAGGGUUAGAAAAUAGCAGGAGCCCAUCAAAUGGAGCCUCCAUCUCCCAUACAAGCCCUUGGAGUCAACCCUUUCCCGAGUAGAUUUAUAAUUAGAACGGUUCCCAGGGGAGACUUCGCGCGCCGGCGGUGGGAAGAGCCAAUCACAACGACUAAAUGACAGUGCUAUUGUACUUCAUGAAACAGCAGGAAAUCCGGUGCUGACAGGCCAAACAAAAUCAUAAGCUAGUGAAUCGUGACUUUAGCGUUUUCAUCCCUCAGAGAUUUUCUUUCUUUUCUUUCUAGCGGGUAGAUUAUACUGUGGAGAGUUUUAAACUCUGACUAUGUUAAUCUUAAUUUUGGUUGCUUGUCUCACAUUUAUAAGAGGCCAUGAAGCUGAUCUGUUACAUGCGUAAUGAUUAACUACUACCUGCAGUCUGUAGUUCUGACAGGAUUCGUUUUUAAAAAUAGCCAAUUUUUUUUAGCGUUAAGGUUCUUAUUUCGGCUAAAUGACUCAAUAUUAAUCAAAUUUCUAGUUUUUCAAGUUUUUCUCCGAAAUGCGUUUGUCUGAAUAAAUACUGUGGUUGUUUUGUCCGUCAGUUAGUGUGAUGAUUCCCUGCUAUGUUUUGUAACGCCGAGCCCAGCCAUUGUUUUCUCGCAAAAAAGUGAUCUACAGAUGCGAAUUCGAAGGAAAGAAUUGGCCUAAACUUCUAAAUUAAUUGCUGAGAAUUCUCCUGUUAGUCAGUCAUAAUUCUUUUGGCGCAGAUACAAUCCGUUUUGCUUUUCUUGAGAUAAGAGGGUCUUUGGACUGGAGCGCGAUGUCACAAAUUCCUCGGCUUUAGCAAAUUACUUUUGAGUUAGCUUCACGGUCGAGCAACUGUUGUCUUCUGUUCAACUUUGUAAGUGCCAGUUUUAUCAGGCAACUCUCAUGGCGAUACAAGUCAGUUGUAAAGGAAGACUGCAAUUUUUCUGAAGCAUUCCUCCUUAGUUGCUACUUAGGUCAUCGCUUUUGCACGCGGUGCUUAACUGGCGAAAUCCACCCCACGGCGAUAACAAAAAUCAAAUGAUCCUGGCACUUUUUCGGCGCUGAUCAUCGAAAAGUUUCAAAUCGUCCACAGAACGCUUAAUCGUCGACUCUUUUCACGGUGCAUGCUUAAAUGUGGGAUGAUGACGGCAAAAAAAAAACAAAAACAAAAACAAACACUCGCAAAGAACCUUUCCGUGAUCCUCAGUUCGCUGCCUUUGUCCCAUUGCUUCAUGCUCAGUCUCAGUCGGGUAAUUCAUUAACUUUUAUUUCAUCCCAGAUCCCAGCGGCUGUAAAACUGUAAAAAUGGACGUAUAGUAAAAAAGGAAAACGGUCGAAGGACGGGCUUCUGAGUUCGACUUCAUCCAACUUCAUUUUUUUCACGGUGACAUACGAGACUCACGGAAAUAUGACACUUUUCGCGGGAAACAAGCCGUUCUAUUUAUAAAUCUACUCGGGAAAGGGUUGACUCAAGAAAUUAAUGGAGAUGGAGGCUCCAUUUGAUGGGCUCCUGAAAAUAGUUUCUAUCAGCGAUCAGUUUACAAGCAAAUAAUGUUGGUCAGACACCAACUGUAUGAAGGAGUGGGAAACUGUCCACCUACCCCUCCCCUAAGCCAAUAUUAACACUUACUUCUCACCUAGGGCAAAAUGUUGGCUUAGGGGAGGGGUAUGUGGGCAGUCUCCCAGAAACGUAUAAUGAUCGGAUCAAAGCGUGCAAACUCAGAGGCAACGUUUUGGUAUUGAGGUUUCUGGAUUACUGACCACCUACCCCUCCCCUAAGUCGACGUUAACUUUUAUUUCUCACUAAGGGCAAAAUUGUUACAUAGGGAAGGGGUAAGUGGUCCAAGCUUUGGGCACCAGAGCACUCUUGUUAGACGCUUAUACUAAGCUUAGCAAGCCAUGGUGCCCACACGACCGAGGCUUCUCCCAGUCUCUUUAGUAUGAGAAACCUGGGUGUUAUGCUUUCUUCCCCCGCCAUCUCCCCCGCUAGGAAAGGAAAUGUCUGCAUGUAGGCUAUCGCAGGGUUACCGCUAGCAGUAUGUCGCCGGGUUCCGUUAAUACACCUGAGUGAGGAGAGACAACGUUAAGGAAUAAACGCGAUGGCAGGGCUUGAACCUCGAACUACGGAUCCGAAGCCAGAGGUCCUUGCUGGCCGGAAGUCCUAGUCAUAAUGGUCGAAACACUCGCGGAUUUCUUCGCCCCUUCCGCUUCAAUGUUUAUACAAAAAAGUCCAAGCAAUCUCUAAAAACCAACACUGGGAGAAGGAGACCUCAAGGGAAUCGGAGCUUGUAUUCGUGGAAUGACUUGGUUUAUCUUGUUUUUUCAUUAUGACGAUAAUUUCAAGUGAUAGUGAUUUCAGGAUUAGAUGUGUGUAUAUUGUCCCAUCUAACUGCAAUAUAGGAGUCGACGUAGGCUCUAGCCAUUGAUUGUUUGUUUGAUUGAUUGAUUGAUUGAUCGAUCUAUUAAUUGAUUGAUAUACACAGGAGGUUAGAGAAGAAGUUUGAUCUUUAUUACUAUGAUGGUCUGGCAAGGCAGGAUGAGGAGUUAAGAUUGACAGUUGGUGAGCACGCAUUACUUCGUGUAAAAUGUCAGUGUAACUUAUAUGGCCUUGCUCGGGUAGAUAGCUGUUACAGGCUAGAUAAUGGCCUGGAAAAAAGAUACUUCAAGGUCAUGAAAAAGUCAGGGAAGUUCUUUUGAGUCAGGAAAAAUUAAAAUUAUUAAGAAAAAACUAGCUGAACAUUGUAAUUAUAAAACCACUGGUUAAAUACCAUUAAUAAUUAUGGAAAAACGCAUUUCGGGUUAAUAUAAUCUCAGAGAUGUCUUUUGUUGAUGUAAUUACGAUAGCGUCCCUGUAAUAUGUAUGACAUCAUCGCAUUUCAAUUGAAGCCUCCUUUUUGAUGAAAUAAAGAUAGAAAAGCGUUUUGCAAAUAAAAACAAGAAGAAAAAAAGAAAAGAACAAAAAUCAACACUAUGAAAGCGUUUUACAAAACGUACGUUUUAGGUGCCUGAAAACGCCGUUUAAUUGUGGACGGCAGAAGACUUAAAACGGACGAAAAAAUGGUUUAAAAAAUAUUCGGAUACGUGUGGACGUAGCCUUUAAGUAAUUUCAUCUUUCUCUUGAUAAAGAUACAACAAAAGAAUGCCCAGAAUACAAGGACACUGAUCUUGUGCCUCCACUGGAACACUGCAUACGAACAAGGUGAGACCAAGUGACAGAGUUCAUUGUCAGAAAAGUGGCCCUUUCAGGGCUUUGAAUUUGGCUGCUUGGCACAGAAAUGCUGUGCUUGGAGGAAAGAAACCUAAUGAAAUAAUAUAAGGUCCGUUUUUCUUGUCGUCCUGGUACGUUUCUUGCUCUCCAUUAAAUCGUUUUUGUACCCCGUCAUCAAGGCUCAUUUUCAACCAUCAGGCAAUGUGUGUAGUCAUUCAAAUUAAACCUCGUCAGCCCUACACUGUACUUUCACAUGUUUCUAUAUCUUGAGUUUGUGUAGUUGUAACUUUUAAGUCUGUGGAUGAAACCCUCGCUAUGGUGUUACCAUUCAAAUGAAACCUCUUUAGCAAUACUUUCAGAUGUUUCUUUUAAUUUAGUAUGUAGCUGUUACGUUUGAGUCUGUGGAUGAAAUUCUACGGACGUGAUCAUUCAAAAGAAACCUUUUAAGCAGUACUUUCACGUCGUGAUGAUACUGUUUUUGCGUGUGGUGCUUAGUUUGUCGGCAAAUUUUUAAGGUGUUACUAUCCAAAAACCUGUUGCUUUCUCGUUGAAGGGGUAUUUGGAAUCUCUUUGGUUACGAAAAGUCUAGUCGUUUUAGGAUUUCUUCUCCUGACGCAGAGACAGGCGUGUUUGAUGUAUUUGUUGACGUGUCGAGCUGAGUGAAAGCGAGGCAUAUUUCAAGCACAAAGUCAAUAUAUUUUUAACUGAGUUUCUCGCACGCUGACUGGUCGAGAGCUUUGUGUUUGAUAAGAGUACAGACCAUAAAAAUGACGUCAUGAUGGCACAAUUUGGUUUUCUUUCUCUCGCGCGAGAUUUUCUCAGAAACUUCUAGAAAAGGACGUCUAAACUGUCAAUGUUAUUGUUUUUUAGAAUAACAUGGUCUAUACUCUUAUCGACCAUAGAAAUGACGUCAAAAUGUUCAAAACGUUGCAAUAAAAACAUUCAUAUUUAUAGUCGAUAAGACCACAGCCCAUAGAAAACUGUUGUCGAUUUGUUAAAACCUGCUUGUGACAUGACGCAGAAUGUAAUAAUUGGCAAACCAUAAUUUGGCGUCCUUGUCCUAAGAUAGUGGUUAACUAUUAAAACCCUUGUGUAUUAUUUUUUAACUGAUCGUACAGGUGGAAGAAUGCUGUCAUAGACUGGAAUGGAUCGGAACCUAUCUUAUGAUGUUCGCCCCUUUUUGUGAUGUAUGAAAGCGAGAGGACUAAAGAAUCAAGAGAUAAAGUCUUGUCGUUUACAGGAUAGAGGACUCUAUUCACUGGAUAAAUCUGCUUCUUUUUGUUUAAAUGAUAUCGUGAAUAACUGGAAACUCUCCUCAUAAAAUACACUUUUAUAAAAUGGACACCUCUAUAUUACGGAAAAGCUUCAUAGUGAAUAGGGACCUAACGAUCCGACAAUGACGACGUCCACGAAAAAGUCGUUAGAAAACAGACUUCGCAACCUUUCAAACUUUUUGGCGAUUAUCCCUAAGUUACGUAAAGAAGAAAAUUUAAGUUGGAACUGAAGAGGAGAGACUGCGCCCGAUGUUAAGACAGAGAUGUUAGAAUUUAUUGCCUUGUCCGCUUCCCGUUCUCAAGUGACCGUAAAAUUUGACCUUGUCACGUCUGUAGUUGUGAAGGGACGGCAACAAAAUUAACCAACAAUCGUGAUGCACGCGCAAAGUCGUGUGUGCUCAUUAAAACUGAUGCUUUUUUGACGUUCCCGUUAACGUUGCCGUCGUAUUAUCGUUAGGUCCCUAACGAUACCGUCGAACCUCAAUUAAGCGGCCAUUCUCGGGGUACAGCAUAAUCUUUAGCAGCAACAUCACUUUAUUUUGAAACAAAUCGUGACGGAGGAAGCAUUUCUUGUCAACAAUCGGUUGUAAUCUUCUAUCUUUGGACUGUAUUUUCCUUCAUCAUGUUCUUGAAAUAAAGCUAAACUAAGUGUAUCAAGCGCUUGAUGGCCGCUUAAUGGAGGUGUUCGCGUUGGAAUUUGUGAGUAUAUUACUUCAGAUGGUUGCUCAGGCGGUAAAAAAUGCGUCUUCACUUUUAUUCAGCGGUCAUAGCGAACUCGAAUACACUUUAAUAACCCUACUUAAAGUACCUACCAACUCGAAACUGGACUAUUGCUCAAAAGUGUUACGUUUUGAGCUUGGGUAUUAGAAAAAUCCCUUUUCAGUCAGGUAUUAGUAAAUCAGAAGGAAAAUAGUGUCAAGUCGGUCCGCUUUAUCGAGAAAUUAUAAGCGCACCUGUCGGUCGCGAUGACCGUUGUGUUGUAUCAAGUAUAAACAUAUUCCCAAAUGUUGCUUUCAAAAUUAAAUAUUUAUGAAGUCAUAUGGACAAAUGGCUCUGGCUUUUUAGGCAGGGAAUAAACGGCC